UUCUCCCCUGAGCCAACAGGGUCAAGUAGACUUGAAUAGGAUCGACUGAAAAAACCUUUCCGAUCAAGUGGACGUCCUUGUUUUGUUGGCGCUGGGACAGGAGGCGAUGUACGAGGCGAUCGCUGAGAAGCUGCUAGAAAGUUCCCACCAUGGAUCCUCCUCAAGCACCCUUUGUAAGACUGAAUGAUGAGAAAAUCAUAGUAAAAUCAGAUGUUUUGUCUCUGUUGAAGACCUACAACUGUUAUCACGAAGGAAAGAGUUUUCAGCUUCGUAUUCGGGAGGAAGAGGGCGAGUUGAUCGUGGAGGGUUUACUCAACAUCUCCUGGGGCCUGAAGAGGCCAAUCAGACUGCAAAUGCAGGAUGAUAAUGAGCGGUUCCACUUUGCAUGUGCAGAAACAUGGAGGUCGGAGAACACAGGCUCGAACAGGAAUGAAAACAGCCAAGAAAGUCCAAGUCAGUUCUCAUGUGAGUCCAACAACAACAAAGUUACAGUACCUGCGUUAACCAGUGUGGAUAGCCUUGGCUCUGAGGAGGAAGCCCCUCAACUACUGAGAACAAGAAGUGACGCCAGCUUCAUGAACAUUCAGAGGAGAUCCAAAAUGCGCAGCGCAGGAGAUUUACAGCGGGUUAGAAGACAUCGCUUCUCCAUAAAUGGCCAUUUUUACAACCACAAGACAUCAGUCUUCACCCCAGCAUAUGGAUCAGUGACUAAUGUUCGUGUGAACAGCAAAAUGACAACACAGCAAGUCCUCAGUCUGUUACUUCAUAAAUUUCGGGUUGAGAAUAACAUUGAUGAAUUUGCCCUCUAUGUCGUCCACGAGUCAGGAGAGAGGACAAAGCUUAAAGACACUGAAUAUCCGUUGGUAUCGCGUGUGCUGCAUGGCCCAUGUGAAAAAAUUGCCAAGAUUUUCAUUAUGGAAAGUGAUCUAGGAGAAGAGGUUACACAUGAUGUUGCACAGUACAUCAAGUUUGAAGUGCCUAUUUUGGAUAGCUUUGUCAAAAAGUUGAGGGAAGAAGAAGAGAGGGAGAUUUUAAAACUGACAAGAAAAUACAGUGCAUUGAGGUCAAUGAUACUGGAGCAGCUGGAGGAGCUGUCUGAGAGUACAGACAGUGUGUGAGAAGAUCUAAAGAGAGUUAUUUGACUAAAGACACAGAUGCAAUAAUGUUUCUAUUAAUAUAUUUAUAAGACAUACUCAGGCAUGAUACACAAUGCUGUUGUUAAACUGCUGUAUGAGGCAUUUAAGCAUUUUGCAGUUUUUCUCAGUUGAUUUGGCACCUUUCUGCAAACUCAUUCCAUUCCCAAACAGUUCAUACAGCAGUGGGAAUUCUGUGAGUGGGAGUUCUGCUGGAAAUCAAAUAAUGCAAUCUGAUUAAAUAUAUGUAUAAUAACAAAUAAAGCAAUUGACACUGUUGCAAGAAAACCCUAUAUCAUAAAGUAUAGUGUGCCAUAGUACACACAAGCUACAUUAACCACAGGCAGUUAGUUGAAUUGAUUGAAAGUUUAACUUACUGAUAACAUGAGCAUCCAUAUAGUGAUCCAAAAAAUCAAUGAAGUUAAGGUAACAUAACAUUGGAUGUAAUAUUUUAUGAGGUGUAAAUUCUGUUGUAUUGGCUGUAUAAACUGUUAUGUGAGCCUGCAUGAUUUGUACAAAUGUGCUAAAUCAGCUGAAAAAGAACACUGUGAAUGGGACACUUUGUAAUUAACAACAUAUCAUUAUAGUUUUACACUGAAUGUAAUUAGCUGGAAAUGAUGUCAAACACACUAUUGUUAACUUUUUUUAAGAAUAUAAAAUAAAUUUUCAUAUGUAGACUGUA